CGUGGACUGCAGUUUGCUGACUGGUUUUUUUCUCUAUUUUUAUUAGCUCUUAAAGCUACCAAACAAUAUCUCCCUCUCUCUCUCUUAUAAGUUUCUUCAUUCAAAGACUAUAUUAUUGCACUUUGGGUCUCUCAGUUUAUACACCAUUUGGCUCAUACCAUUGCCCCCUUUAACCCCAUCUUAGUAGUGAAAUGAUGCAUAGGUGUAGCAGUAGCUCGCAAGGGAACAUGGUGGGUGGACCUUGUUCAUGCGGUGGCUUGUUCCAUAGCCAAAACAACUCGUUCUCGAUGAUGUUUUCAAUGGCGGCGAACCAGACAUGUUACGAUGAAACGGAUGUGAUGUACCCUUUCGCUUCUUCCUCUUCGUCUGUUGAUUGCACUUUGUCUUUAGGAACACCUUCGACCCGCCUCGUUGAAGACGACGGUUAUAAGCGUUCUUCACGCCGUGAAAGCCGCUCCGGCGGCGGAGGCGGCGGUUCUUGCAUGUCGAACUUGUGUUGGGACUUGGUGCGAAACAAGAACACGACGAAAGCUGGCCGUAAUAAUGAUAAUAAUAAUAGUUCAGGCAACGAUCCUCUUUUGGCUCGUCGUUGUGCCAACUGUGACACUACUUCAACACCGCUUUGGAGGAACGGUCCAAGAGGUCCAAAGUCGCUUUGUAAUGCUUGUGGGAUUCGAUUCAAAAAGGAAGAAAGAAGAGCUUCAGCUGCAAAUGCUAAUGCUUCAUCAAUAGCGGAACAACAGCAAUACCAUGGCUACAACAACAGUUCAUGGGGUUCAAUGCAAUGUUAUUCAUCGCCGGUGAAUGAAAUCAAGUUCAUCGAAGACGGCGAUCCUUUCCUUUCUUGGAGACUCAACGUUACCGAUAGACCAACAAACCUUAUUCACGACUUCACCAGAUAAACAAAAAACCACCACCACCAACCCAAAACGCCAUUGACGGUGAAGACCAUGGCGGUGCCUGCAAAUCACUGUUCCCUUUUUUAGUUUGUGUAACUUGUUUUGUCUUCUAUAGAUGGAGUAAGAACGGGAUAAUUCUAUGUUCUUAGUUGCUUUUUUUUCUCUUUUUUUCUUCUCCCUUUUAACUUUAAUUUCUUUUACUUCCAGUUUCCUAUAAAUCCCUUUUCUUCCUUUCAUUUGAAUAUGAUGAUCAUGAUGAUGAGGAUGAUGAAAUGUUGAGGACCGUUGGAUUUGAUUACUGA